AUGCUGGGUCAAUACUUUCUUCUGCCACUUUUGGCAUCGUACGGUGCAGCCGUCACCAUUUCAGUAGCCAAGUCUGGCGGCAAUGCUACUAGUGGCCUUCAAUAUGGUGCUAUGGAAGAGGAGAUCAACCAUUGCGGAGAAGGAGGUCUAUAUGCCGAAUUGAUCCGCAACCGAGCUUUCCAAGGAAGCGCCAAGUUCCCUUCCUCACUUGAUGCCUGGACUGCUGUUGGCGGUUCUUCGCUGGCUCUGAAAAACUUAACCAACCCAUUGUCAACGGCCUUGCCAACUUCGGUCAAUGUCAAGGGGACUGGCACAGUAGGCCUGACCAAUGCCGGAUUCUGGGGAAUUGAUGUUCGCCCCCAGAAGUAUUCGGGAUCAUUUUAUGCCAAGGGCUCUUAUAAGGGCUCUUUCACGGCUGCUCUGAAAUCCUCCAGUGGUGAGGUUUUGGCAAGCACCAAGGUCACAUCGAAGACUGUGGCAAAUGACUGGGUGCAGCAUUCCUUCACCUUGACUCCAUCCAAGAAGGCUGCAAACUCAAACAACGCUUUCUCGCUAACGUUUGAUGGCUCGAAAGCAUCAAGCGGCUCCCUUGACUUCAAUCUGAUCAGUUUGUUCCCACCCACAUGGAACAACCGUCCCAAUGGCAUGCGAAAGGACUUGAUGCAAGCCAUGGCUGACUUGGAGCCCAAAUUCCUUCGUUUCCCAGGCGGCAACAACCUGGAGGGUGAUACCAUCGAAGGCCGUUGGAAGUGGAACGAGACGAUCGGACCGCUGAAGGACAGACCUGGCCGUGCAACCACAUGGCAAUACGGCGAGACCAGUGGAUUGGGCUUGGUUGAGUAUAUGGAAUGGUGUGAUGAUCUCGGAAUGGAGCCCAUCCUCGCGGUUUGGGCUGGACUUGCCCUGAACGGUGAUCUGGUCCCCGAGGCCGACCUCGACUUCUAUGUGCAAGAUGCACUCAACGAGAUUGAGUUCCUGACAGGCUCUGUGGACACUGAGUAUGGUGCUUUGCGCGCCAAAGUUGGACACCCCGAGCCUUGGAAGAUUCGUUAUGUGGAGGUUGGUAACGAGGAUAACCUCAACAGUGGCUUGGGCUCGUACACGGCAUACCGGUUCCCGGCUUUCUAUAAGGCUAUCAGCGAGAAGUACCCAGAUAUUCAGAUUCUUGCUUCCACUGUCGACAUGACUAUUCCUGGAACUGCGGGUGGUGACUACCACUUGUAUGAUAUCCCUGAUAAUUUCAUCACCAAGUUCGGCAUGUUUGAUAAUUACAGCCCCGAGCAUCCUAUUCUUCUUGGCGAAAUCGCUGCCACCGAGACCAACAACGGAGUUGGCAUUGACUGGAGUAACACCUACUUCUCUCUGUAUCCAUGGUGGAUUGGCUCAGUUGCCGAAGCAGUCUUCAUGCUGGGAGCUGAGCGCAACUCAGACAAAAUCAUUGGCACUACAUAUGCACCAUUCUUGAUGAACUUGGAUAGCUACGAGUGGUCUCCGACCAUCCUCUCAUUCAACGCCAACCCCGACGAGACAGCCCGCUCAACCAGUUAUCAUGUGUAUAGCUUGUUCAACCAUAACCUCAUGACAAACACUCUGCCAGCAACAUCUCCCGACGCAUUUGGCCCUCUAUACUACGCCACGGGCGUGAAUAGCAAGACAAACUCGCACAUUUUCAAGGGAGCUGUUUAUAACAGCACUGAAAACGUUCCCGUAUCCUUGUCGUUCGAGGGUAUCGGCCGUGGCACCAAAGCUGACUUGACUAUCCUGACAGCGCCUGACGCCUUUUCCAUGAAUGAAGUGGGUGGUUCCAACAUUGUCAACAGCAAGACUACGACCAUCAAGGCUGGCAAGAAGGGCGAGUUUACUUUCAGCCUGCCUAACCUGAGUGUUGCAGUUCUGAGCACCAAGUAA